AUGCAAGUGCUGCGCACCCGGUACAUAAACUACUGCCCCAGGGGCUGGUCCUACUAUAAGCUCAACUGCUUCAAGUACUUCCGUCAGCUCCGGAGCUGGGACGAGGCCGAGAGCCAGUGCCAGGCCAGCCACGCUGGUGCCCACCUGGCUUGGGUAGAGGAGCCCCAGGAAGCAGCCACCCUGCAGAGGGUCAUCUCCUACUACCAGCGUGUGCAGUCCGUCUGGCUCGGCCUCCGCUAUGGGCAUGAGAGCCUGGAAUGGCAGUGGCCAAAUGGGGACAAGUACAACGUCGCCAGUGGGCUGGCCAGGAAAGGCAGGGCGCAGGCCUUACAGAGCCUCUGCUUUGGGGCCGCGCACCGAGUACACUGGCGCUUUCGGGAAGUGCUGGGAUUUGAGCUACCCUGGCUGUGA